AUGUCUGAGCUCUGCGUCAGUCAAAUCCAGAGCCCCCUUGACACCGGCAUUCAUCUCCUAGUUAACCUCUUCGUUGCCGCGUCCUACAUCCCCCAGCUUAUUCAUAUUCGUACGAGCAAUACUGGGGAUGCAGGGAUCUCCGGUUGGUAUAUAAUUCUCCUCACAACUAGCACCACUUCACACUGUGCCACUCGAAUAAGAAAUUUAACUAGCAGCACUGUCUGGUCCUGCUCCUGCCAUGGCGAACUAAAGGGAUUUGGCCUCUUUUCUGCGCUGGUAGUCCACCUCCAGGCAUUUACGCAUUGGGCGGCAGCAAUUAUCUUGCUAGCAUUUUACGUCUCCUUCCGCACGCAGACUCUGGCCCCCCAAAAUGAUACCAAGGGGGCGGGUCCUGCUUUGACCACUACCACCACUUCUUCGCCCCGCAACAUAACAAUCCUCGCCAUAGUACUCACGCAUGCAGCUGUUGUCCUCCCACUCGCCAUAUAUCUUCUAAUUCCUCUAUUACAUGACGAAGACGACUAUGUCCAGCCCUUCUUUAAUAACUUUCUCUACGGCUGUUUGCUCCGCUUGAUCGGCAUUCUUACCUCCCUCACGGCGGCGAUACCACAGAUCCAUUUAAUGGUCACGCGUUACUACAACAAUGGGAAUACUUUUGACCCCAGCAGCCUCAGUCUGCUUAGCCUUGGGUUACAAGCUGCAAUGUUUAUUGCGUUGAGCGCUCCGCAGGGAUGGAGGAUGAGGCCUGAGGGAGUGGAGAUCAUCAGUUUGGAAUGGUGGCUGGACUUUUUCCUCGUUUCGGGGCUCGCAGCCGGGUGGGUAGCACUCGCGGUUUGUCAGUUGCUGGUUCUAUGUGUCGCUCUGGGGCUUAGAGCGCGGGAGGGCCGUAUUCGCUUGUAG